UAUAAACGAUGUAAUCUUUCAAAUAGUGGGGUUGUUAAUAGGGGUGGACACGUCAUGAUCUUGUUGAUGUUCAUCAUCUUCUUCUUAACUUCUCAUACUCCAAAUGCCCAAGAGUGCAGGGCGGCGUUCCAGAUCACCGGCCGGAAACCUCCACCCGGCCAGUGCAACCAGGACAACGACUCAGAGUGCUGCGCGCCGGGGCAGAAUUACACCGCCUACUGGUGCUCCCCGCCGGUAACCAACCGGACCGAGGGGGUUCUCAACCUCAGCGGCUUCGAGGAAGGCCAAGACGGCGGGAGCACCGGCGAGUGCGACGGCAAGUAUCAUUCCGACGCCACCCUCGUGGUGGCUCUGUCCACCGGGUGGUAUGACUUCGGGUCCCGGUGCGGUCACCUGAUAAACAUCUCCGGCAACGGCCGCUCCGUCCUGGCGGCGGUGGUGGACGAGUGCAAUUCGUACAGCGGCUGCGACGCGCAAAACUCCUACCAACCGCCUUGCCCGCAUAACGUGCUCUCCGCCUCGAAAGCCGUGUGGGCCGCCUUGGGCGUGCCGGAGGGUUCGCCGAUGCACGGGGAAAUGAACGUCACGUGGGCGCCGACAAACCGCAAGGUUGAUCUGACAGGGGAUGGUUCGGAUCGGAGAAAGACGGCCUUGAUUGCUGCUCCGAUUGCGGCGGCGGCGCUGGCGGCGGCUAUGGUGGCUCUAACCGUGUUUUACAUCAAGAAGAGGCGGCGGCAAUGGAAGGAAUUGUUGGCCGACGAGGAGUGGGAGAGCUCAUCGGAGCUUCUCUCCGACUUACCCAAGAGAUUUACUUACAACGAAUUGAUGGCGGCAACCAACAAUUUCGACAGAGGAAAAAUGCUCGGAGCCGGCAGUUUUGGGUGCGUUUUCGAAGGAACCCUAAACGAUAACAAUGGGACGAGGGUGGCGAUCAAGCGUUUAAAUUACAUCAAGCAAGCGGGGAAGAAGGAAUUCCUAACGGAGGUUAAGACAACCGGGAACACCCACCACUUCAACUUGGUGAAACUGGUCGGGUUUUGUGCGGAGAGAGAACCCCACAGGCUUCUGGUUUACGAGCACAUGGUCAACAACUCGCUCGACAAGUGGAUAUUGCGGGACAAAAACCCGAAUUAUUCGCUUCCAUGGGGCAUUCGGAAGAAGAUAAUCCUCCACAUUGCAAAGGGGCUCUCGUACUUGCACGAGGAUUGCCAGAGCAAGAUCAUUCACCUAGACAUCAAGCCUCAGAACAUCCUCUUGGACCGCGAGUUCAAUGCCAAAUUGGCGGAUUUUGGCCUGGCGAAGUUGAUGGAAAGAGAGGAGAGCUUUGCGGCCACGCAAAUGAGGGGAACCCGCGGGUACUUGGCCCCCGAGUGGCUGAGCAAGAAGAUAACCGAGAAGGUAGACGUUUACAGCUACGGGAUCGUCGUGCUAGAGGUCGUGUUCCAGAGGAGGAAUUUCAACGUUCAGUGCCAAGAAAAUCCGACCCUUGUAGAGAUCGUCACGGAGAAGAUGGAGGAGGAGGGGGAACACUUGUUGGAUGGGGCAGUGCACGAAUGGUUUGGUAACGACGAGGAGAUGACGUGCAAUGGGGAGGAGGUGGGGAAGACGAUCAAGCUCGCGAUUUGGUGCCUCCAGAGCGAGCCAACGAGGAGGCCAUCCAUGUCCACAGUUGUCAAGGUUUUGGAAGGGGCAACACUAUCUCCUUCUUCAUCAUUAGAGCCUAGGUUUGACUCAACUUGUAAAGAUUCGCCUAUGGCGGCAACGACUUCCGGAGAGUUUAGCUCAAAUGCCACAUUUGAAAUGUCUUCAAUGCCAUAUCCAAGGUGAUCAAGGACCAUAAGAAACUUGCAUCUUGCACAUGUAAAACACUACUUGCCUUGUGCUUCCUUCAACCUAUAAAAUGUGAUGUGAAGA